CGCGGCAGCGCCACAGCGGCGCAGAAAGGGGGCGGAGAAGGAGACGAAGACGACGGCUAAGACUAGCGCGGUGCUGUGGGGUUUAGUGCUGAGAUUAUUAUUUUUUUCCUGCUCCGGUACACGCAACCGACACCGCAGAACGGACCGUGAACUGUUUCGUUUGUGAAGAGAUUUCUCCUCGGCGCAACGAGGACGCGCAAGGAAAACGUCACCGACGCGAUCACACCUGCACGGGAGCAUGCACAACAAAGACUGAUCAGGCACUCAAACCAAACCGCGCCACACCGAGCAAGGCGGUCCCACGACAGCUUCUCGAAGACAUAGAUUUAAAAAAAAAUAAUUGUACGCAUACAAGAGGCGUGUGUUGUGAAGGUUUGUGUCCGCGACGUUUGGUGUUGGACUUCCACAUUGCAGGCCGUUCCGUUCCGUUCCGAUCCGUGCCCGGCGCGUUAAACUAUAGCAGCACUUGCCUGCUGGCGUUGCUUUCAAUCGGACUUCAAAUAGUUGACUGUAUUUCCUGGGUCGAGGAGGAGAAUACCGGUCCUUGAUCGGUGUUUUGAUCCCGGCUGGAAGCAUCGCACAUCCCGGUUGGACCGGUCUAGGGGUCGCCCUCGGCAAGCCUCGCUGUUCAAUGUCCCCUUAAAAAACAAACCGCAGAACUAUGUGGGUCAGUCCCGAAGAUGUUUUACUGGCGGGCGCAUUAUGGAUCACCGAGAGAGCGAAUCCAUAUUUCAUCCUCCAAAAACGGAAGGGCCACGGGGAUGGAGGCGGGGGACUAGCGGGUUUGCUGGUUGGGACCCUGGAUGUCGUCUUGGACUCGAGUGCUCGGAUGGCCCCCUAUAGGAUCCUGUACCAGACCCCUGACUCUUUGGUUUACUGGAUCAUUGCUCAUGGAACCUCCCGUAAAGAGAUCACAGAGCACUGGGAAUGGCUGGAACACAACCUGCUGCAGACUCUCUCCAUCUUUGAGAACGAGAAUGACAUCACCACCUUUGUCAAAGGAAAAGUCCAGGGCAUCAUCGCGGAGUACAACAAGAACCACGACGUCAAAGAGGACGACGACACGGACAAGUUCAAGGAGGCCAGCGCAAAGUUUCGUAAGCUGUUUGGCAUGCCGGAGGAGGAGAAGCUGGUGAACUAUUACUCCUGCAGCUACUGGAAGGGCAAGGUGCCACGACAGGGAUGGCUCUACCUCAGCAUCAACCACCUCUGCUUCUACUCCUACUUACUCGGAAAAGAAGUGAAGCUGGUGGUGCGUUGGGCAGACAUCACCCAGCUGGAGAAGAGCGCCACCCUCCUGAUGCCCGACGCCAUCAUGGUGAGCACCCGCAUCGACGCGCACGUCUUCUCCGUCUUCCUCAACAUCAACGAGACCUUCAAGCUGGCGGAGCAGCUGGCCAACAUCGCCAUGCGCCAGCUGCUGGACAACAAAGGCUUCGAGCAGGACCGCACGCUGCCCAAGCUCAAGAAGUCCCCCACGAAGGUGUCGGCACUCAAGAGGGAUUUGGAUGCGAGAGCUAAGAGCGAGCGUUACCGGGCGCUCUUCCGUCUGCCCAAAGAUGAAAAGCUAGACGGACACACGGACUGCACUCUGUGGACCCCCUUUAACAAGAUGCACAUCCUGGGACAGAUGUUUGUCUCCACCAACUACAUCUGCUUCACCAGCAAGGAGGAGACUCUGUGCAGCCUCAUCAUCCCACUGCGAGAGGUGACCAUCGUGGAGAAGGCCGACAGCUCCAAUGUGCUGCCCAGCCCCCUCUCCAUCAGCACCAAGAAUCGUAUGACGUUUCUCUUUGCUAAUCUGAAGGACCGAGACUUCCUGGUCCAGAGGAUUUCUGACUUCCUGCAGCAGACCACCUCAAAGAUAUACCUGGAGAGGGAGCUCACUGGCAGCCUGAACAGCUCAGACGACGAGGUUUAUUCGCAGCCUGGAUCUGUGCUCUCCAGCAGCCCGCCGCACAGCUUGAGCUCGGAGGGCGAGCGCACGUUCAACCUCAACGACAGCAGCGUUCCCACAGCCACGCAGGCCCUCAUGACCAUGUACCGCCGCCGCUCUCCAGAGGAGUUCAAUCCCAAGCUGGCAAAAGAGUUCCUGAAGGAGCAGGCGUGGAAGAACCACUUUGCAGAGUACGGGCAGGGAGUGUGCAUGUACCGCACGGAGAAGACCAGGGACCUGGUCCUGAAGGGAAUUCCUGAGAGCAUGCGAGGAGACCUCUGGCUGCUCUUCUCUGGAGCCAUCAACGAGAUGGCCACCCACCCCGGGUACUACGAAGACGUGGUGGAGAAGUCGAUGGGGAAAUACAACCUGGCCACGGAGGAGAUCGAGCGAGACCUGCACCGCUCCCUCCCCGAGCACCCGGCCUUCCAGAACGAGAUGGGAAUCGCUGCCCUCCGCCGGGUCCUCACGGCCUACGCGUUCAGAAACCCCAACAUUGGAUACUGUCAGGCCAUGAACAUCGUGACUUCUGUGUUGCUGCUCUACGCCAAGGAAGAGGAGGCUUUUUGGCUGCUCGUGGCGCUCUGUGAGAGGAUGCUGCCCGACUACUACAACACCCGGGUCGUGGGAGCCCUGGUGGACCAGGGGGUGUUUGAGGAGCUCGCCCGCGAGUACGUCCCUCAGCUGUACGACUGCAUGCAGGACCUCGGGGUCAUCUCCACCAUCUCCCUCUCCUGGUUCCUCACCCUCUUCCUGUCCGUCAUGCCGUUCGAGAGCGCGGUAGUGGUGGUCGACUGCUUCUUCUACGACGGCAUCAAGGUCAUCUUUCAGCUGGCGCUCUCGGUGCUGCACGCCAACAUCCACCAGCUGCUGAGCUGCAAGGACGACGGAGAGGCCAUGACAGUGCUGGGCAGAUACUUGGACAGUGUCACCAAUAAGGACAGCACCCUCCCUCCCAUCCCCCACCUGCACUCAUUACUGACCGACAACGGGGAACCGCAUCCAGAGGUCGACAUCUUUAAACUGGUCCGCAGCUCCUACGAGAAAUUUGGUUCAAUCCGUGCAGAUGUCAUCAAACAGAUGCGUUUCAAACAGAGGCUGAGGGUCAUCCAAACGAUUGAAGAUACAACUAAACGCAAUGUGGUUAGGACAAUUGUAACAGAGACGGCCUUCAGCAUUGACGAGCUGGAGGAGCUCUAUGUUCUCUUCAAGGCGGAGCACCUGACCAGCUGUUACUGGGGCGGCAGCAGCAACCCGACUGAGCGCCACGACCCCAGCCUGCCCUACCUGGAGCAGUACCGCAUCGACGUGGAGCAGUUCAAAGGCCUCUUCAACCUGCUGUUUCCCUGGGCCAACGGCGCCCACUCGGACCCCCUGGCUGUGCGCUUCUUCCGUCUCCUCGACCAAAACGGAGAUGCCCUCAUCAAUUUUCGGGAGUUCAUCAAUGGCCUGGGGGUCCUGUGUCACGGGGACCACACUGAGAAGCUGAAGCUCCUCUACAAGAUUCAUGUGAUGCCUGAAAUGAGGCAUGAACCAGAGGAAGCUGACUCUGCCUACGAAGCCACACAGUACUUCUUUGAAGACAUCACUCCAGAAACGUCCCUUGGUCAUGACUCAAAGUGCAGAAGUGAGCGGGAUGAUGGCUUUGUGAGAGUUACAUUCAAGACUGAAAAAGUGAAGAAACUAAACACUCCUGAAUACCGACAAUACCUGAAGCUGUGGAAUCAGGAAACAAAACCCAACCUAGAAAACACAAAAGAACUCCCGAGGCUGAAUCAGAGCCAGUUCAUAGAGCUUUGCAAGACCCUCUACAGCAUGUUCAGUGAGGACGUUGCAGAACAGGAGCUCUAUCACGCCACGGCAACCGUCACCAGUCUGCUGCUGGAAAUGGGAGAAGUGGGGAAGCUGUUCUGCGUCGGCGCGGAGGACGAACCGGGGGCGAGCGCGUGCGCCGAGGAAGACGACGGCGAAACCCGCCAGGAGGCGCGGCUCUGCUUCGCCCCCCCGGGUCCGGGGGACGAGCCGAGGCCCCGGGAGGAGGGGGACGGGGGGAGUGAGCCGCCGCCGCCCAUGCAAGACGUCAAGCUGGAGGACUCGUCUCCCAGAGACGCGGGCGCCUCAUCCGCCAUGCUCAUCUCGGACGACGAGACCAAAGACGACACCUCGAUGUCCUCUUACUCGGUGCUCAGCGCGGGCUCCCACGAGCUGGACGAGAAGCUGCAGUGCGAGGACAUAGCGGACGACACGGUGCUGGUGUGCGGCGGCGAGGGCGAGGGAAGCAGCCGGCCCGCCGCCGCCCCCGCCGCCGCCGCCAGAGGGCUUCCUCACAGCGCCAGCAUCGACAAAGACUGGGCCAUCACGUUCGAGCAGUUCCUGGCCUCCGUGCUCACCGAGCGAGCCCUGGUGCAUUAUUUCGAGAAGCCGGUGGAGGUGGCGGCUCGAAUAACCAACGCCAAGAACGUCCGUAAAGUCGGGUGCCCGCCGCUCUCGGCGAGUGACUAUGAGAUCUCGCUGUCCGGCUGAGACUUGACGCAGACUUUUUCCCCAAAGGGAGCCGCGGUUAUCGCUCGUGGUGUGUGUGUGUAAAAACAUGGGAGUUUCAGAGGACAAUGGAGGUAAGGGAAUGUGUACGAUAACGAUUGAAUGACCAAAAAAACUGCUGUUGGGGACGCAUUUUUAAAGAGUUGAAACAAUCAGGAGAUUCUGUCGGGCUGAGAGGGAACGGGACGUUAAUGUAUGAGGUUUGCUCGGAUGAUGUCGGUGUGUACAUGUCGUAGCUGUACUUUAUACAUUAUGCAUAAAUGAUAUUGUAAUGUCGAGCUACUAAGGCUAUGUAGAUGUAAACGGUUCUAAAGUUCUAAACCCGACAAAUCAUCCUUUGAUUCUAUUUGCUGUCGAAAAAAAAGCUGUGAGAAUUUAAUGAUAAAGUAAAAUUUCGCAUAUUGUGUAAACUCUUUCCAGCUCCACUUCUUUUCUAAAGGAUAGUGAGUGAAACACACACACACACACACACACAAAAACCUUCCAAAUAAUACCCAAUAAUUGUCCUGGUGUGUUUUCUCCAGUUAUUAAUUGGUAAUGCCAUGCAUUUUUGGGACUGAUGGUGAAAGAAUUACACUAAAAAUGCUGUUGAAUGAAAAGCCUGCACUUUCUUUAUGUUUACAACACACAAUGUGAUCCCCUGAGGUGUUACGACCUUUAUUUUUACAUGUUUAAACUUUUUGCUCUGUACAUUUUUAUGUUGCAGUUUGAAACUUGUUUUUAUAUUUUUAAUUUUUUAAACUGUAUUUUAAAUGUCCAGAUAAUUUACUCUGGAUUCCACUGCAUUGUCUAUCACUCAUCUAAUUAAAAGUGUGAUUGAUUCGAAA